UCGUUUAAUAUAUGUUUGAUUCUACAAUCGCUAUAUUUUUUAAUUGAUUUAGUUUUGGUUUGAAACCGGUUUUACCAAGUUUGAUUUGAUAAAUCAAGGCGACCAUCAAAGUUCACGAAGGAGAAUGUCUGGCUUAAGAAUUCUCGUUGGUUGUAAACGAGUUAUUGACUAUGCUGUUAAGGUGCGAGUUAGACCAGAUAAAUUGGGUGUUGUCACGGAAGGAGUUAAACAUAGCAUGAAUCCUUUUGAUGAGAUAGCAGUGGAGGAAGCUGUCCGGCUGAAGGAGAAGAAACUGGCUUCAGAAAUUAUUGUAGCAUCUUGUGGUCCACAGCAAAAUCAGGAAACCUUGAGGACGGCACUAGCCAUGGGAGCUGACAAGGCCAUUCAUGUUCUGGUGGAGGACAAGGACUAUUCCAACCUGCAGCCCAUACAUGUCUCAAAACUGCUCGCAAAAAUUGCAGCUGAGGAGAAGGUUGACAUAGUUUUGCUUGGUAAACAGGCGAUAGAUGAUGACUGUAACCAGACUGGACAGAUGCUGGCUGCUAUACUUGACUGGCCUCAGGGCACGUUUGCCUCUAAAGUUGUGAAGAAGGACGGCAGCCUGGAUGUGACAAGAGAGGUGGAUGGAGGACUUGAGACCAUCAACAUAAAACUGCCUGCCGUGAUCACCACUGACCUCAGACUAAACGAGCCACGAUAUGCAACCCUGCCUAAUAUCAUGAAAGCUAAAAAGAAGCCAUUAACGACCAAGAAGCCCUCAGACUACGGUGUUGAGAUCAAAUCUAGUCAUCAGGUGCUCUCUGUGGAAGACCCCCCCACCAGGGAGGCGGGGCAGAAGGUGGAAUCAGUGGAUCUACUUGUGGCCAAACUGAAGGAGGCGGGGUUUAUGAAGUCUUAGGUUCAAUACAUGGGAUGUUAAAGUCAAUAAAACUGUUUUAUCAUGAAACAGCACUUAUAAUAGUGUUCAACUUGAAAGUGGUUUUUGACAAAACAAUUCAAGUCCGCUGCAUGAAAAUUAAUUUGGACCAACAUGGACUCUUUAGUCUAGAACUGCAGUGUUUAUGUUCCUGUGCAUCUGUUAAAAUAGGAUUUAGUGCUAUUUAAAGCUAGAACAGUGUGUACAGAUUCUGUAAAGACUGUUAUACAUGUUGUGUAUUAUUUCAGUUGAUAUUUUUCAAACGGGAUAGCAUGCGUUUCACAAUGCUUUCCUCUGUUCCACAAUAUCUUGGUUUUGAAACCUUAAUUUUAAUUUAUUAUCCCCACGCUUUUUGAAAAAAAGGUGGGGAUAUUGUGGUGAUCUCCGCCGUCCGUCCGUCCGUCCGUCUGUCCGUCCGUCCUGGCCACUAUCUCCUCCUACACUAAAAGCACUAGAACCUUGAAAUUUACACACAUGGUAGCUAUGAGCAUAUGUGCGACCCUGCACUAUUUGGAAUUUUGAUCUGACCCCUGGGUCAAAAGUUAUAGGGGUUGGGGUGGGGCCGCGUCAGAAAUUAUCACUCAUUUUUUUAGGUUAUUUUACAUUUACUUCUUUAUUUCUACACCGAUUCACUUCAAAUUGAUACUGGACCUCACCUAUGACAAUACGGUCAAUCUCAACCAUGCAUGGCCCCAUUCCCAACCCUGGGGCGCCCCGCCCACAUAGGCCACACCCACCAAAAAUUUCCAUUUACUAUAAUUUUUUCAUUUCUACACGGAUUCACUUCAAAUUGAUACUGAACUUUUGUUAUGACAUUAGGGUCAAUCUCAACUAUGCAUGGCCCCAAUCCCAACCCUGGGGCGCCCGCCCACAUAGGCCACACCCACCAAAAAAUUCCAUUUACUAUAAUUUUUUCAUUUCUACACGGAUUCACUUCAAAUUGAUACUGAACUUCUCUUAUGACAUUAGGGUCAAUCUCAACUAUGCAUGGCCCCAUAACCAACCCUGGGGCCCCGCCCACAUAGACCACACCCACCCAAAAUUGCCUUUACUAUAAUUUCUUCAUUUCUACACCGAUUCACUUCAAAUUGAUAUUAAACUUCUCUUAUGACAAUACAGUCAAUCUCAACUAUGCAUGGCCCCAUUACCAACCCUGGGGCGCCCCGCCCACAUAGACUACACCCACCCAAAAUUGCCUUUUACUAUAAUUUCUUCAUUUCUACACCGAUUCACUUCAAAUUGAUACUGAACCUCUCUUAUGACAAUACGGUCAAUCUCAACUAUGCAUGGCACAAUUACCAACCCUGGGGCGCCCUGCCCACAUAUGUCACACCCACCCAAAAUUGCCUUUUACUAUAACUUCUUCAUUUCUACACCAAUUCACUUCUAAUUGAUGAUGAACUUCUCUUAUGACAAUACGGUCAAUCUCAGCUAUGCAUGGCCCCAUUACCAACCCUGGGGCACACCUAGGUCAAACAUUCGGCGUGGGGAUACGCGUCGGCCUCUGCCGCGCCAUUUCUAGUUUAAUAUAUUAUUGUCAAAAUACUGGUAAAUACUUAUUAGUUAUUAAACUUAUUUUCAAAAAUGACA